AGUACCUAGCCAAAUAUGUACCUAGGUUAGGUAGGUUACUAAGGCAGAUACAUAUGUAAUGUUCCAAGGUUAUGUAUGGAUGUGUGUGUAUUAGUAGGGAAGAGGAAAAGGAAAAGGGCACCAGAAAAAGGCACCAGGACAAGGUGGGCAAAAUGGGUGCUUAAAACAUGACUUCACGAAAGAGGAAGCAGGACGAGGAGGAAGAGCUCGUUGCACUUCCCAGUGACGAGAGCGAAGAGGAAGAGGAAUACAUCUCUGAAGGUGAUGACGACGACGAACAGGAUGAUGUUGAGGAUGACGAAGAAGAAGAAUAUGACGAGGUUGACGAGCCUGAGCUUGAGCCCGAGAAAGAAGAGAAGAAGAAUGGCAACGGAGUGAAGCAUUCGAUUACGGCUGAUGCUCCCCCAACAAAAAAGCUGAAGACGGCUAACCCUCCGACCGAGCCUGUUCCCAUUCCCGUUGCUAGCAAUGGUGAGGAACCACUCGAAGAUGAGUUUGAAAUUGAGGAUGGCCCUGAGGAUGAUGACGAUGUGGAGGAAGAGGAGGAAGAUGCAUAUGACGAGGAAGUCGAGGGUGAAGUCGAACCUGAGGAUGAAGAAGACGAUCUGGUCGAUGAACCAAAGAAGCUCGGUAUCGACAUUGAUUUGCCUGCAAAAGGCAAGACCCAGGCCGCCACAGAAGUCGCUACUAAUGGCGAGGAAGCUGAGGAUUAAACUCUUUACGCCAUCUCCUCUGGGUUUAAACCUGCAGCGACUGUGGAAUAUUUCGGUAGC